UAUGAGCAAAGAAAAGAGCAUAGAACACUAUCCCUAGAUAUGACCUUUCAAGUGAAAUACCAACUCCAAGCCACGGUCCAUUAAAUCAGAUGAUCCAUCCAAUCCAGUGACGUGCCUCACCUCAACUUUCCCCUCACGCUCCGCAUCCAUCCAACAACAAAUCCAACCCAAUCCAGCCAAUCUCUCCCCAUCAAAUCCACCCUCUAAGCAUGCGCUCGAAACCCACAAAACGAGCCUGCGACGAAUGCAUCACCCGAAAAGUAAAAUGCAGCGGCGCCCAACCCUGCGACACCUGCCGCAGCGCCCCCAAACAGGUGAAGUGCACGUACCUCAAACCGGUCCGUAGGCGCGGGCCCAAAGUCCGACGCUACAGGGUCCAACGCCAGACACAUAGCACCCUUCCAGGGACGGAUGUGCCCGCUUCUAUGGACGGGGUUGCUGAAGGUAAAGCCGAUGGCGAGGCGAAGUCAACAAUAACAGUCCCAAUAUCGGUUCUGGAGACGGUGUUGCGGCUUUAUCAGGAUUCGUCGUUUAGGGUUUGGCCGGUUGUUGAUGUCGGGGUUCUUGUGGGACGGCUUGGGUGUGGUCAGACGGAGACGGAAGUGGGGACGUAUUGUCUUGCUGCGGCGGUUUGUGCGGCGACGAUGGUGCAGUUGGAGCUUGGGCUGGUGGGUGGGUUUGAGGGUGGUGAUAUGGUAGGGCAGUCUUUGCGGUUGCGGGAGGGAUGUUGUUCUAGGGGGGAUCUAGAUGUAAAGGGUGUUCUUGUUUCAUUUUUCUUGCACGUUUAUUAUGCGAAGAUUAAUAGGCGGGGGUUGGCGAUGAGGUUUAUCCAGGAGGCUAUGUCGGGGGCGAGGUUGCUGGGGUUGGAUGAGUGGGAUGGGGAUGAGGAACGGCAGUGGGAUGAGGUUAUUGUUAAUGGGGAGAUUUUGUUUACUUUGCUUUGGAUUUCGGAGAGGGGCUAUGCAAUGCACCUUGGUCUUGUGCCGUCGUAUACGGAUAUGAUUCGGUUGCCGGACGGGGGACACAUGGCGGACAAUGAUCAUGUUCAAGGCUUGUUGGAGCUGGCUAGGCUUUUUGCGGCUUUCGACGGCGUCUCGCUCAAGAGGGGUAUUGGCAAUUAUGGCCCGGGUGCUAUCUCUGCGGAUUGUCUGACCGAGACGGAGGCAGCACUGUCCAUGCUCUCGCUAGGUGAGGGUGGCAGGGCUUCAGCCCGUAUGGCGGAUUACUGCAUUACGAAGGAAUGGAUGAGGACUAUUAUCUGGCAGGAAGCAUUGUCUCGGCAAAUGCUGUCCUCCAAGUCAAACGCUGAGCUGCUUACAUUCAGGUUUCCGGUACUUGUCAGUCGAGAUCUCUUAUAUUCGUUGCAGGGGUUCUCCGAGUCUGAUUUGUUGCCUCUGGGUCGUGAUCAGUUGUUGAAGUGCUUUGAAGUUACAAACUCACUUGCUGAUAUUGUGUUAUGUACGCCGUCGAUUUCGUCUUAUGCCUUUCGAUUGGGGCCCCAGGACUUUCUGCAUGCUUUGUAUCAAAAGCUGCUGCCGUUCCUAGAACAAGACUCUAUGCUCAAGUCUAUGUUACAUGCGAAGACAGCUGAAGCUCUGGUGACAGCACCUGCUCGGUUGUUGAAAUUCCAUGAUGGAGGAACAGCGGACGACGAGGGCGCUAUGAAUGAAUACCUGGACCUUUCAGUAUACGAUACGGAUUAUUUCAGUACACGAAUGACUCUGGUUGGAAAGCUAGUGAUAUAGCUGGACACACAAAUUUCUCUCAUCGGGGAUGAUAGGCACAGCUACUCUGAUAUCUGUAGCACAAUUCUUCCUGCAAUAUCACCCUUCUCCAUCUCCUCAUACACCUGAGGCAACUCUCUGAACUUGCGGACUUUGAUCUCUGGCUUUACCACGCCUCGGCGAACCAGAUCGACAGCCUCCAUGC